AUUGACAGUUGUUUUUCAGGGCGAUGAAUGCAAAUUGCGAUGAUUCAUUGACCAAUAAUUUUUAUUUUAUAAUUUUGUUUUUGUCAUCAAUAUUUUGAAAAUAUAAACUUGAAAUAUGUUCGCGAGUGGUCCCAACUACCCUAAAUUGAAGACAAACUUGCGCCUGGCGAUUUCCAGGCUCAAACUUUUACAGAAAAAGAAAACUGAGCUCAUCGAGAAGUCUAGAAGAGAAAUCGGGGAUUACAUUUUAGCAGGAAAAGUCGAAAGGGCGAAAAUCAGAGUGGAAACCAUAAUCAGGGAAGAUUAUCUGGUUGAAGCCCUUGAGCUUGUUGAAAUGUAUUGUGAUCUCCUGCUUGCCAGGUUUGGUCUCAUAUCAAACAUGAAGGAAUUAGAUGAUGGCAUUUCAGAAGCUGUCUCCAGUCUCAUUUGGGUAUCACCUCGUUUACAAUCAGACAUUCAAGAAUUGAAAGUAAUUGCAGACCUCUUGGGUUCAAAAUAUGGCCCAAGCUUUGUAGAAGCUUGCAAAAUAGAAUCAAUUGAGGCUAUUAGUGCCAAAUUGAAGCAUAAAUUGUCCAUACACAGCCCACCAAAGCUAUUAGUUGAAAAAUACAUGAUUGAAAUAUCUAAAUGCUACAAUAUUCCAUAUGAACCUGACCCACAAAUUAUGGCAAUGGAAAGAGGCAAUGAUGCAUUGUUAAUUGAUCUAUCAUCAAAUAAUUCCAAUAAUUUGGGAGGUGGUGGAAUGCCUCAACCUCCUGGUUUCAUGGGGUAUCCCUUACCUCCACCAUUACCACAUUUGAUGGAUCCUAUGCCUGGGCCUGCAGCUUUUUCUUAUCCACCAAUGAAUGAAAAAGAGUUGAAUGUUGGACCAUCUGCUCCACCAUCUGGAUUUUCUUACAAUAUACCACCAGAGGAUGAAAAAGAGUCUAACACUGACAACACUGAUAAUAAUUUACCAACAUAUCACAACUUAUAUCCUGGUGUGAACUUACAGGAAACUCCUACAGACCCUACUCUUGAUGACAACAUGGAGGACAAUGAUGACAAACCCAAACCGGCUCCAAGGUUGAAAAUGAAUGGUAAGACGUACGAUUUACCAGAAUUACCGUCUGUACCAUCAACUUUACCACAACCACAUGGUUCUAACUCACAGACCAAAGAUGACAUCGAUUUUGAUGAUUUGACAAGGAGAUUCAAUGAAUUGAAGAAAAAACACUAGCUGUUUUCAAGUUGUGGUGAUAGGAUGUUAUUUUUUAUGUGGAAUCAAUUAAUAUAUAUGAUUAUUAGAUAGUGUUAUAUGCUCCCAACUAAAAUGUGAUAUAUGCUUUUUAGUUUGUUCUUAUUUUAAUGGAAACUUAUUGAAUACAAAUGAUUGUAAUUCAAAAAUUAUUAUAUUCAUGUUAAUUUGAUGGCUUUGGUAUUUGGUAAUGACAUUUUUUUAAUCCAUAAUACAGAUUUGUUAUGUCCAGAUGUCAAAUCAUGUAUAUUUUUCAAGAGUACCUACCUACCCGCCAGUACCUACAUAUCAUGUUUGGAAAAACUUGGGAAUGGCGAGGACACAAAAUUUCAAAGGUUGUCACAAUUAAAUGAAAAAAGGAGUGUGUUUUUUUCAAAAAAUGUAUUAGUACAUAAGGAAAAUUCAAAAGACUAUGGUAACACAAAAUUAAAUUGAAAUCAAAUAAAUAACUAAGAUCCAGAUCUAUCUCACCUAAUCAUGAGCCUAUCAACAAAAAAUAAAUCAGUUUGGAAUUAUGACCAUUGUUCAAUUUGUUAUCCAAAUCUUCACAGUUUUGCUCUAAGUUAUGUAAGGAUGAAACAUAUCAUAUAAGAAACUUAUGGAAAUGUAUAGUUUCACUGUUACUGCUUGCGGCAGAAAGUUUAUCAGUCACAACUCAUGAUGGGAAUAUACAAUAAGUCUAGUUAUAUUCUUCACCAGUUUUUAUACCACAAGAUUUUUUGUCACUAUUAUCUCACAUCAGUUUCCAUCACGUAUGUAUCGUCUCAUGCACCUUUGUUUCCGUUGAUCAUUUUGUAGGUUAGGCGUCAAUCGGCGAUCAUAUUUGGCCAUAGAACAAACCAGAAAAACCUAAAUAAAUAUAUCCUAUUAUCUUCGCCAACUCACUUCGAAUUAGCACACUUCCCC